CGUUUAUUGGUCAGAAUACUGUGGUAUGCUGGAGUGUCGUAUCAAGCAAGGGAUGUUGCUCCGUUAUGAAAUCCCGACUAUAGGUUGUUGGAGAGUUUUAUUUACAGACCAAAUGCAAAAUUAUAUGGGAUUAGAUGAGAGGGAACCACUGCAGUGAAAGGUCAUGGAUUCCCCUAUCCUUCUCCUAGCCCUCCUGGUCGCCUUGGUCCAAUGUUUUCCUGAUGACUACCACAGUCACAACAGCACCCGUCACCAUGACUACUGUGUGCUUGGUGCCGGGCCUGCUGGCCUUCAGAUGGGUCACUUUCUCUCCAAGAGUCAAAGAGAUUACAUAAUCUUGGAGAGGAACUCGGGGCCAGGGAGCUUCUUCAAUAUAUACCCUCGACACAGGAAACUCAUCAGCAUCAACAAGAUCUACACAGGAAGGCGGAACCGCGAGUUCAACCUUCGUCACGAUUGGAACUCCCUCCUGAGUGACAGGCCCGACCUGCUGCUUCAGCGAGUCAGCCGGGAGCUCUACCCAGACGCAGACUCAUUCCCCCGCUACCUCUCCAUGUAUGUGAAGGAGCUGGGGCUGAAGGUCCAGUAUGGGGUGGACAUCGGGAAGAUCAGGGCCUCGGAGUCUGAAUCACCUAGAGGCAGGGGAUACAUACUGACUGACCAGCAUGGACUGGACUAUACAUGCAGAGUCCUCCUGGUGUCCACAGGACUGUGGGAUCCUCAGAAGGUCCAGUUUGAGGGCUCAGACCUGGUGGAGGGCUAUGAGUCCAUCCCUGUGGACCCAGAGGAGUAUAAGGACCAGGCCGUGCUGAUCCUGGGUAAAGGGAACUCAGCAUUUGAAACAGCUCAGAGCAUCCUGGGUCGGGCCAGCAGGAUCCAUCUCUACAGCCCGAGCCCGGUCCGCCUAGCCUGGCAGACACACUACGUCGGAGACCUCAGAGCUGUGAAUAAUGAGCUGCUAGACACGUACCAGCUAAAGUCCCUUGAUGGGCUGGUGGAGGGAGGCCUUGAGGACAUUGCUAUCGUCAGAAAUGGAGAGGAUGAAAAGAAGCGCUCAGGCAGAAAGAAGAAGUGCAGAUCCAGUGGGAAGGAAAAGCGUGGCAAGCUGUUCCUUACUCUAUCUGAGCUUCUGGACAGUUCGGAUGGGAAGAACAGUUCAAAGGUCACAGCGACAAACCUGCCUGUGUACCACAAUGACAACUUCUCUCUCCGCCAGCCAUAUGAUCGUGUGAUCCGCUGCCUGGGGUUCCGGUUCAACUUCAGCAUCUUUGAUGGCUCUGCCCGCCCACCAAGCAGUGAGGGUGCCAGGGGGCGGUUGCCAGGGGUGACAGCCUGGUACGAGGGGCGGGGAACCCCAGACCUUUUUGUUCUGGGGACGGCUGCCCACUCAAGAGACUAUCGCUCUUCUGCGGGGGGGUUCGUCCAUGGCUUCCGAUACACAGUGCGUGCUGUACAUAGAGUCCUUGAGCUGCGUUACCAUAGAAACUCCUGGCCAUCAAUCAAACUUUCAAUCAGUCAGCUGCAGUCCUGGCUGUUGAGGAGGGUCAAUGAGGCAUCCGGACCAUACCAAAUGUUUGGCGUACUUGGAGACAUCAUUUUACUAAGAGGCUCUCACUGUGAGUACCUGGAGGAGUUUCCCCUCCAGGCCCUGCCCCAGUUCUCUUCUCUGUCUGGCCACCAGCUCUCCAAGCAUGGGCUGCUGGUUCUGGUUUUACAGUACGGGCUGAACCGCACAGACUCACUGGGCCCUGGCAGGGCAGAGUCAGAGUGGACCCGUGCCUGGAGGUCCAACUUCCUCCACCCUGUUAUAUAUUACUACGACAAACUUCCCACUGAGAGGGACAUGAGACACCGUCCUGUUGGCUGGCCACUGCCACGGCCCAAGGCAGUGCAUCACAUGAUCGAGGACUUCUUGACUGAGUGGGAUGGGCCCAUCUCCCACAGCCAGCCACUGCGGCGCUUCCUGGAACACUGUCUCCACACUGACCUCAGGGCCUUCUAUGCAGAGUCAUGUUUCCGCUUUUCCCUUACCAAUCGAAAGCCACCCUUGUUUUGUCGUCAGGGAUACCUGAGGAAGCAUGGGCUUGUUAGGAAUCGUCAGCUGUGGCAGCAUGCCCAUGAAGCUGGGCUAACGCUUGGAGGACAGGACUCUGCAUCCACAGACACAGACCCAGCGUUCCCUGAUUACCUUACACGAGCUGGAGCCUCAGUGUCCUCUGCAAUAAACCUCGACUUCUGAUUGUUUACCCAAGGAUCCCAAAACUAAGCCUAUGACAGUUUUGAUGUCCCAAGACAUUCUCUACCUCUCAUUAUAAUGUCCAUGAAUAUAUACAGUAUAUACAGAGUCUACAACACAUUAAGAACACCUUCCUAAUAUUGAGUUGCACCCCCCUCCCCUCCCUCUUUUGCCCCCAGGGCAGCCUCAAUUUUUCGGGGGCAUGGACUCUACAAGGUGUCGAAAGUGUUCCACAGGGAUGCGGGCCCAUGUUAACUCCAAUGCUUCCCGCAGUUGUGUCAAGCUGGCUAGAUAUAUUUUGGGUGGUGGACCAUUCUUGAAACACACAGGAAACUGUUGAGUGUGAAAAACCCAGCAGUGUUGCAGUUAUUGACACAAACUAGUGUGUCUGGCACCUACUACCAUACCCUGUUCAAAGGCACUUAAAUCUUUUGUCUUGCCCAUUCACCCUCUGAAUGGCACACAUACACAAUCCUUGUCUCAAUGCUUAAAAAUCCUCCGCCCCUUCAUCUACACUGAUUAAAGUGGGUUUAACAAGUGACACCAAUAAGUGUGUCAUGGAAAGAGCAGGUGUAUAUACAGUACCAGUCAAAAGUUUGGACACACCUACUCAUUUUUUCUUUAUUUUUACUAUUUUCUAAAUUGUAGAAUAAUAGUGAAGACAUCAAAACUAUGAAAUAACACAUGGAAUCAUGUAAUAACCAAAAAAGUUUUAAACAAAUCUAAAUAUAUUCUAAAUUUGAGAUUCUUCAAAGUAGCCACCCUUUGCCUUGAUGACAGCUUUGCACACUUGGCAUUCUCUCAACCAGCUUCAUGAGGUAGUCACCGGUAUGCAUUUCAAUUAACAGGUGUGCCUUGUUAAAAGUUAAUUUGAGGAAUUUCUUUGCAGAGGAUAAGUUAAUUAGAGUUUACCAUCCUCAGAAAUCGCAAUUAACUGCACCUCAGAUUGCAGCCGAAAUAAAUGCUUCACAGAGUUCAAGUAACAGACACAUCUCAACGUCAACUGUUCAGAGGAGACUGCGUGAAUCAGGCCAUUGUUGAAUUGAUGCAAAGAAACUACUACUAAAGGACACCAAUAGGAAUAAGAGACUUGCUUGGACCAAGAAACAUGAGCAAUGGACAUUAGACCAGUGGAAAUCUGUCCUUUGGUCUGAUGAGUCCAAAUUUUAGAUUUUUGGUUCCAACUGCUGUGUCUUAGUGAGACGCAGAGUAGGUGAACGGGUGAUCUCUGCAUGUGUGGUUCCCACCAUGGAGGAGGAGGUAUGAUGGUGUGGGGGUGCUUUGCUGGUGACACUGUCUGUGAUUGAUUUUGAAUUCAAGAAUUCAAUUCACUUACUAGCAUGGCUACCACAGCAUUCUGCAGCGAUACGCCAUCCCAUCUGGUUUGCGCUUAGUGGGACCAUCAUUUGUUUUUCAACAGGACAAUGACCAAAAACACACCUCCAGGCUGUGUAAGGGCUAUUUGACCAAGAAGGAGCCUGAUGGAGUAAUGCAUCAGAUGACUUGGCCUCCACAAUCCAAUUGAGAUGGUUUGGGAUGAGUAAGACCGCAGAGUGAAGGAAAAGCAGCCAGCAAGUGCUCAGCAUAUGUGGGAACUCCUUCAAGACUGUUGGAAAAGCAUUCCAGGUGGCUACCUCGGGAAGCUGGUUGAGAGAAUGCCAAGAGUGUGCAAGGCUGUCAUCAAGGCAAAGGGUGGCUACUUUGAAGAAUCUAAAAUCUAUUUUUAUAUUUGAAACACUUUUUUGGUUACUACAUGACUCCAUAUGUGUUAUUUCAUAGUUUUGAUGUCUACAAUAUUAUUCUACAAUGUAGAAAAUAGUAAAAUAAAGAAAAACCCUUCAAUGAGCAGGUGUGUCCAAACUUUGACUGUAUAUUCCAAAUAUUUUGGUUGAACAACCAUGCUGAUUCCUCAGAGUUGACUGCUUAUUCCAUUUUAUUCCUUAAAUCAUAUUUAUAUAUUACACUAAAUUGUGGAAUGUUUUAUAUUAUGAAACGUUAGAUUUGGAUGUGUGUACAAACAGUAUGGGUGAUGUUGGGUUUUCAUUACAUGGUGAUCUGUGAAUUAUGCAUUAUUUAUUUUUUAUACUAUUUGUGUAGGCCUACUACUGUUAUUUAUCUGCUUACUUUAUUUUCUGUUGCAACAGAUGUAAGACAUUAAAGAGAGAUAACAUAAAGCUCA